UGAGGAGUGGAUUGAUUUAAAAAAAGUGAAAAGUGUUUGUGCGAGUAAAUGUGACAUUACUCAUUAAGGUGGAUGAUGGCUACAGCAGAGCAUUUAUGCAUCAUACUUCUGUUAUGUGUGUGUUUCUGUACUUGUUUGAGUGACUAUUACUCCCUGCUUGGAGUUUCUCGCUCAGCAUCUUCAAGGGAGAUCAAGAAAGCAUUUCACAGGCUGGCCCUUAAACACCAUCCUGAUAAAAACCAAAGUCCUAAUGCACAGCAGGUCUUUACACAUAUUGCUCAAGCUUAUGAAGUACUAUCCGACAGGGAGAAAAGACGAGUCUAUGAUCAAAUGGACUACUUAACUAAAUCUGAUCAGGCUAGGGAGGGAAAGUUCAAGAAAGAUGAAAAAGAGGAUAUGGACAGCAAUCCCUUUGUCAAAAAAGGGACAUUUCAUAGUAAAAGGGGUUUCCAGCAUUUUGGUUUAGAGGAGCUGCUUCAUUCACUACGGAUGGAUGAUGACUUCUUUAUGGGCGAACAACCUGGUUAUGAAGGAUGGAGUUUUAAUUUUGGGCCUGAGGAUGAGGAUGAUGAUGAAACAGUCCUGCUCAGUGAUCUUUUUAACAUGCUUUAAUAUCAAGGGUUUGUGUAUCUUGACCAUAUUAAGUUAAUAUAUUUAUCAAUUACAAAAAUUUAAAUGGGUUUUAAAUUGCUUUGCAUAACUAUCCUAUUGCUGUGUUUGUUAAAUAAAAUUUAAAUUUAAACAA